GAGUCCAGCCGCGAAGAAAAGCCCUGAAAGACCUUUUUCUCCUGUUUCCUCUUCCCGUGUAUUGGUUUGAGUAGCGGCCUGAACAACGAAUAGCACCUCACGUAGCGGCCACCGCUAUCCGACGUACAGAGACAUUUAGCAAGGUAGAGGGCGGGACGCGCCUGCGCGGCAACUAGUCUUUCCUAGUGUACCCCCUCCCCUACAACCUUCACGUGUUUCGCGGACCGGGCUACGAGUCCACCGGCGUCCGGGGAGGGACAGAGAGAACGGACUGGGCAAGAGCGACAACUGCGGGUCACUGCGGAAGCCAUGGCAGGGCAGGCUUUUAGAAAGUUUCUUCCCCUCUUUGACCGAGUUUUGGUUGAAAGGAGCGCAGCUGAAACUGUUACUAAAGGAGGUAUUAUGCUUCCAGAAAAAUCUCAAGGAAAAGUAUUACAGGCAACAGUAGUAGCUGUUGGAUCAGGAUCCAAAGGAAAGAGUGGAGAGAUUCAGCCAGUUAGUGUGAAAGUUGGAGAUAAAGUUCUUCUGCCAGAAUAUGGUGGCACUAAAGUGGUCCUAGAAGACAAGGACUAUUUCUUAUUUAGAGAUGGUGAUAUUCUGGGAAAAUAUUUAGACUGAAAUCACUGUUGAAGUGGCGUCAAGAAUGUUGCCCAUUCCACUGAAGUUCUGAAGUCUUUUGUUUCAUCAUGUAAAUAAUUUCCAGGUCUCUUGUUUUAUAAUAAACGGCUAUCUAGUGUCUGAAAUCCAAUUACUCUGCACCAAUAUGAACAUUUCCAAAUAAAAAAAUGUAUAAAUGGAUGGUUAA